AGUUUCUGCUGCUAGGUUUUAUAUUCUGGUACAAUUGUUUUAUCCCCAUUUCGCGAGAUUAUAUGAUGUAGAGAGAGCGCGUCCUGUUUUGUCUUUGUCUGGUGGGUCUGCUGUGCUCUCCAAGGCGGACUGGCGGCACAAAACCCAGGAACAAUUACUAAUUCCACGAACAAACCGGAAGUCCCGGAACUUGGUAAUUCAUCAGAGCCCAAGAAGCUGGAAAGUACUUAUAUCACAGGCUGCCAGCUCGCAUUUCUCAAGAGUGCUCAGCAGACUUGCCUGUUUUUUCAACUUUGGGCGAGACCAUAAAGCGCAGAGUCAAGCAGAUGGCACAUCCCACCGCGAAACAUGCUGCCUCCUCUCAUACCGUCACAUUUCUGCCCUGGCGAAUACUGACAUGGCCAAGGUAGCCAGCAGAGCGCAAUUUCGAGGAGGUUAGUUAGCGAGCGUGGGAGCGCUGCAUCUCUAAUAAUAAUUAACAGACGUGCCGCAGUUCAGUUCAGCCCUGAAAUCAGGUUGCAGCGAGCCGCCUACUCUACUUGUAAAGGAGAGGCGCUGGUUUGCAAGAAGAUAUUACUGCCCUGCCCCUCAUUCACUUUUUUACAAAAUCCACAUUCCAGCGUGAAAAUCAUGGCCCAAGAGAUGUCUGGAACAUCUACCCCCAGCUCAACUCAUUCUAGCGCUUCUGUUGAUAAAUAUGAUACUAACUCUGGGGAGAAUUCGGCGCGCUGGUCGCCGGACCCCCAAGGCUCUCAUGUCCAGCCCUUGUGACAUGUUGAAGGAUGAUGCGUUCCUGGCUCCGCGCUACUUGCUCGCUACUCGCCAUGACACUGUUUUCCUCCCAUCCUCUUUCAGGCCUCGAGUGAGUUGAGAGAGGGGGGGGGGCUGAGUCCUUAGCGCCAGAUAAUGUCUUACGAUUCACUUACGCACUCUCUGGGAUCCAUGUCGGGGAAAAUGCCUGGAAAGAGAGAGAACAGAUGCCCGAGUAGUUGCACAUUACUACUGGAAAAUAUAGGGUCGAUUUUUCUCAGUGAUGUUGUGAUCGAUGUCACAGAAGGGCCUGUUCGGGAGGCGAUUGCUGAGAUCAGUGAAGCCAACUCACUAACAAAAUGCGCCCGUGUUAUGUUCACAACAGGAGUCCAAAUUCCAAAUUGCCCCCAUUAAUAGGCGGAGCAGGUCUUGUGCCAAGCUUUCACACCCAACUAAUAACCGACGGGACGCUUGCGGAUAAUCUAGUCAGGGCCUUUACACAAACGCGUCAGCCUACCUGGCCUCACUUCCAAGUUCCAACUUCCAACGGCAAAAUUCACUUGUGCUUGAGCGGAUUGUCGCAGCUCUGGCCCUUUGGGGAAUUAUGUUUGAGACGUAUUUUGUGGGUCGUUCAUUGCCAAGGCAGAAAAUGGUGGAUUAACAGGAUCAUUCUGCAACUUUCAAUUCGUUGUGGUUGGGGGUAGAGGACAGAGUGAAGUACCUGACCUUUAGGGCGGCGUUUGCGGAGGAACGUGCUUGGGAUGGAUGGAGGUUACAUGGCGGCGCUCCCAGAUUGGCGUUGGCAGUGGGAACACCCCGGGACCGCCAAAUCAGAAGCUGUCUAACCCCCAUAAAAGAAAUUGGAAACUCGCCCCUCUUUGUUACCAAUGGUCCUCUUUUCUAGGCUCCGCUAUUGAUUCGCCCCCCCUUGCAUGUGCUCCGGAUCGCAUCAUUGUCCCUUUUCUCGAUUUUUUGGCUGACAUCUUUUUUUCUUUCAACAUCACUAUGCGACAUCUCUAGACAAAUUUCAACCCCAUCGAAACUCCCAAGUUCGAGGUCUCUGGAAAUUCGAUAUACCUAGUACCGAAUUUCUUUUCUGUUAUUUUUCCGUUGAAUGAAUAGAUCCUCUGCACCAGUUAUGGCUGGGGCCAGGACUAAGGCCAAUGUUUUGUCGAGGAGGGAGAUCGAGGGCAUGAUCGCGGAUGGCCGAUGUAUCGUUGUUGUUGAUGACCAGGUGCUUAAGCUCGAUGCUUGGCUGAAGUUCCAUCCCGGGGGUGAUUUGGCUAUCAGGCACAUGGUAGGUAGAGAUGCCACAGACGAAGUGAACGCACUCCAUUCCAAGGCAACCAGACAGCGCAUGACUGCAUUCCAGAUUGGCCGCGUCGAAGGCAGAUGGACCAAUUUCCUCCCUCCCAUUCAAGGCGGCCGCUUUAGAACCUACGUUAAAGACCAGGAGGACACUGAUGUUACCGGGUCCGAUACAAUGAGCGAGAUAUCCAGUGAGGAGAGCUCACGAUCACGCUCACCUUCUCCAGUCUUCGAUUCUGCGGAUGAGAAUUCUGUUUUGAGGGAGAGGAGAAACGGUUCUAGCACAGACCUGUCGACAGCUGGGUCGAGCACGCCACCUGCAGAUUUCAGCUCCGAGGCUGAAAUGAGGUUAUCGAUCGUCGACGCCUGCACGCAGAAGGAAAUCAUACUGGACAAGACCACUUACCCUCCCGUGGAUCCGGCUCACCAGGCCAAUAUUAGCGCAAAGUACCGUGCCCUGGAAAAGCGCAUCCGUGCCGCGGGACUCUACCAGUGCAACUACUCCGCCUACGCAGUCGAAGCACUCCGAUAUUCUAUAUUUUUCGGACUCUUCAUAUUUUUCCUGCGCCGCUCCUACUUUUGCAUUUCCGCAUUCUUCCUGGGCUGCUUCUGGCAUCAACUUGUCUUCACUGCCCAUGAUGCAGGGCAUAAUGGCAUUACGCACAUUUACAAAGUCGACGCCACGAUUGGAAUCAUCGUCGCAGAUUUUAUCGGGGGAUUGAGUUUAGGCUGGUGGAAACGCAGCCAUAAUGUCCAUCACAUUGUCACAAACUCGCCAGAGCACGACCCUGAUAUCCAACUUAUGCCAUUCUUUGCGCUAACUACGAGAUUUUUCAACAGUCUCCGCAGCACCUAUUAUGAUAGAGUCAUGGGUUUUGAUGCCGUGGCCCGGUUCACAGUUAAGUAUCAACACUACAUGUACUACCCAAUUCUUCUCUUUGGCCGCUUCAACCUCUACUUCCUUAGCUGGGAGUAUCUCAUCAUGGGCCUCGGCCCCAAGAAAGGACCUGCCUGGUGGCACCGCUGGUUCGAACUGGUUGGCCAAGUCUUCUUCUGGACCUGGUUUGGCUACGGAGUUGUCUAUGCUUCUAUUCCCACAUGGACAAGCCGGGUCUUAUUUGUGCUCAUCUCGCACAUGGUCACCGCUCCCCUGCACGUCCAAAUUACUCUAUCCCACUACGCCAUGUCCACCGCUGAUCUGGGCAUUCAUGAAUCCUUUGCUCAAAAGAUGCUCCGCACCACAAUGGACGUGGACUGCCCCAAGUGGCUUGACUUUUUCCAUGGCGGCCUCCAGUUCCAGGCCAUCCACCACCUGUACCCUACAAUCCCGCGGCAUAACCUGCGCAAGACGCAGCGUUUUGUUCAGGAAUUUUGCAAGGAGGUUGAAAUUCCGUAUGCUGUGUUUACGUUCCUCGGUGGGAAUAAGAAGGUUAUUCAGAAACUGGGGGAUGUGGCUAUGCAGGCGCGGAUUUUGGAGGAUUGUAGAAGGGCGUGCGCGGCACAUGGAGUGUUUACUGACCAUCAUGCUCAUUCACAUGAGCAUGCGCAUUGAAUGAACAUCUUUGUGGUCUAGCGGUUCAUUUUCAUUUUCUUUGCUUUCCCUUUUUUCCCCCCACUUUCUCAAGCUCCUUGUGCAUAUGGGGCUGCAUAUGUUCCAAGACGAUCAUCCCUUGACCGAGGGAGGGGACAUGUUUUUUCUUUCCCUCACUAUUUUUUCAUUUUUUUUUUCAUUUUCCCUUUUUCCUGCCAUCUUUCAUUAUGUUAUUUUGUUUCAUUCAAGGCCGACUUUAUAUGAUGGUUCCUCCCAGUUCUUACGUGUACCCAUAUUAUGAGAUUGUAAUUUGAUACUAGAUAUAUUCCUUUUUAGCUUUUGCAGCCUGGGUGAUGCUUUAGACAAACGGUACUGUAGAAGUACCUUUGACAAGAAGAUAUCCCGCGUUGUUAGCUGUAAAUUGCUCAGAACAUAACGUGAGGUCUCCAUCGACCAUCCAUCCUGUCUGGCGAUGAAGCGCCGUAAGCAAGUACACAACGUUCCCCCUCCCCUGGGUCAAAACCUGAGCAGCCUUUCUUGAAUGUGUGUGUGGCAAAUGAGAGAGGUACACGUAUCACUGGGAAUGUCAAAGGAGUUGUUUCAAAUCGCGUUCCACAUUGGUUUACCAACUCCAACUUGACCCAAAGUGACAUACAAAAAACAAAAAAAAAGCGGUUUUUCUGUGCUACAGUAUGCCCGCGUAUCAUUUUUUGAGCAUACUGUUUUCGAGAUUAGUUUGUAAUAAACAAGAAACUAAGUUGAAUGGAUAAGCGUCCUAACUAUAACUUACCCAUACCAUGGUACCCCCUUGAAG